GCUAAGGGGGCGGGGAGUAAAGGAAAACGUCCGGUGCUCUUUAGAAUCGGCUCCCGGGACCCCUAAACCUAGGCGGAAACGUUCCACGCUCGGCUCGCAGGGGACCACGUGGGGCCGCAGCAGCUUCUUGGCAGGUGGAACCAGGGCGCGGGCACAGACUGUGGUUCCAGGAUGAUGAUACAAACAGGACGCUUACAGCCUCAUUCCCCCCUGCCACCUCACCUCUAGGAUCAUGGCUACCAGCGAGCGCACUUUUAUUGCCAUCAAGCCAGAUGGGGUCCAGAGGGGCCUGGUUGGAGAGAUUGUUAAGCGCUUUGAACAGAAAGGAUUCCGUCUUGUUGGCUUAAAAUUCAUGCAAGCUUCUGAAGACCUUCUCAGAGAGCACUACAUUGAUCUGAAGGAUCGUCCCUUCUAUUCAGGCUUGGUAAAGUACAUGCAUUCCGGGCCCGUGGUAGCCAUGGUCUGGGAGGGGCUGAAUGUGGUGAAGACAGGUCGAACCAUGCUAGGAGAGACUAACCCAGCAGAUUCCAAACCAGGGACCAUCCGUGGGGACUUCUGUAUUCAGGUUGGCAGGAAUAUUAUUCAUGGCAGUGAUUCAGUGGAGAGCGCUGAGAAGGAGAUUGGCUUGUGGUUUCAUCCCGAUGAAUUGGUUGAUUACAAGAGUUGCACCCAGCAGUGGAUCUAUGAAUGAUGUGGAGGAGGCAUGUGGCGCUUUCUCCAUUCCCGCCGGCAGGGGACCAGGCUGUGGCUCUGCUUAUGUCCAAGGGCUUCCAUAUGGACUGUGGAGACUUCUGUGUUUGCUGUUAACUUUGGUUGCACAGGGUUCCAUCGUCCUGGUCAUAUUAAAAGGUUUUCGGAGCUAU